UCCGUUCACCAUCCUCCAAUAGUGGGUCAUUUUUUCCUGUAAUAGAAAUCUGUUUGACAGCAUUUCACCAUCCAUCACACCCAGCCUUGUUCAAGAAGGAGGAACCGAGGGAGGAGGAGGACGAUGGCUACCGAUGGAGUUUCUCCCCACGCUCUGCUGUGGCUCAGCCUGAGCGGUUUGAGCUCCCUGGUGUCACCCCUAAACCCCGAUGAUCCCAAUGUGUGCAGCCACUGGGAGAGUUAUGCAGUGACUGUGCAGGAGUCUUAUGCCCAUCCAUUUGACCAGGUUUACUACACCCGAUGCACCGACAUCCUCAACUGGUUCAAAUGCACGAGACACAGGAUCAGCUACAAGACCGCCUAUAGGAGAGGUGUAAGGACCAUGUACAGACGACGCUCUCAGUGUUGUCCAGGCUUCUAUGAAAGUGGAGAACUGUGUGUUCCACUGUGCACAGAAGAGUGUGCCCAUGGACGAUGUGUCUCUCCUGAUACUUGCCAAUGUGAGCCAGGAUGGGGAGGACUGGACUGCUCCAGUGGAGUGGUGGAUCCCAAAGAUCGUGUGCCAGGAUUGGAUGCUGCUCUGGAGGCGCGGUUGAGGACGGCAAUCAUCCAUCCUCGAUUUUACCCCAACCGGCUGGGGCUGGGACAUGCCCUGUAG